AUGAAAAAAGGUCUUCUAGCACUCUGUGCAUUUGCAAUUUCCGAUGCAAAAAGUCUUCAUUUCCGUCACGAGAAACAGAGGAAUGAGUUGCAUAAGGCCAGCGGGCUUGGAGCUUCAAAUCUAGUUUCUAAAAGCAUGAGCAAGGGAAGCUUCUUACUACCGGUGUCUAACGUUAGGGGAAAGAAAAAAAGGCGCGAGAAAAAAAGAAAAGGCUCAAGUGAAAGUGAAAGCGAAAGCGAAAACGAAAGCGAAAGUAGUGAAGAGAACAAGAAAACGAGAAAGAAAAAGAAAAAGGGUAAGAAGAGUAAAAAUAGAAGCUAA